AUGAAUAAUUACAUUUACUUUGAUGAUGAAAACUACGAUCAGGAAGGUGAGUAUGGUGAAUAUAAUGGAGAAGGAAGUAGGAAAACAGAAGACGAAAGAAUUUUACAACCGUUUCAAGAACCUAAUGAAGAAGAAAAACAAGGAACAAAAGAGAACAAAAGCGUUAAAAGAGCAAGAACUUAUUCUGAAACUUGGCAUUAUUUUAACACCCAAAAUCCACAACAUCCUACAAAAGUUAUUUGUCAAAAAUGCAAUCAAAUGUAUUCAAAAUCAACUGGAAUAAGUAUUUUGAAAUUCCAUUUGAAAAGGGUACAUGGAAUAAAAAUCAACAAUGUAAAGAAAUUACAAACCGUUGAUCCUUUGCCUAAAGAUGAAAAAUUAGCUCGAGAUCAAGCAUUGGUGGAUUGGAUUAUAGCAGAUUCGCAACCAUUUUCCGUUGUCACCAACAUUCACUUUAUCAAUUUGAUAAAAACUUUGGAUCAAAGAUAUCAUCUUCCUGAAAAAUCAUCAUUAAAAGAAAUAGUUGCGGAACGUUUUGACGAAAUGAGAAAAAAUGUUAG